AUGAGCAAAAUACGAAUCAAAACAAGCAGAAUUCACGUUGAUAUGCUCAGGAAUGUGGUGGAAUCAAUGCAGAAAUCAUUCAGGAGAAUCAGGGAGACGUGUGAAAACAGGUCAACUGACUCAUUUUGCACGAAUGAGAUCGAGAACAUUCUUCAGAGUGCAAAUUACAUCAAAAACAGCCUGAAAAUUGAGGAUGUGCCUGCUGACUUGUUCAAGAAGGUGAUGGAGUCCAAGGACUAUGCUGGAUUGUACAGAAGCAUCGUAGAGGAAAUGGAGGGGGAAGCCAAGAGAAUAGAGGAGAAGAAGAUGAAAUACAGGGAGUUUUGUGGCUUGUAG